AUGUCAGAGAUCGAAUGCUAUGCUAUGCUGGCUAAAGUUGGGGUUCACCAUUAUAAUGGAAUUAACUCCUCAUCAGUUUGGCUUUUGUCUGUGCUUUUAGACAAUGUCGAUCCGGGAACAGCAUUUUGCAAGUAUUUUCUGGUAUCAUGCCUUAGCAUUAUUGAUCCAGGUGAUUCAGAUAUUAUCAAGUCACUGCCUGGCAAGCAGUGA